UUGUAUAUGUGGAUUCCAAGUAAGUCUUUUAUCAAGUGUAAGUCCUAAAUAGUUAUCUUUGUCGGAUUGAGGAACAAGUUCAUUGUAAAGUGUAUGCUAGGAUAAGUCUUAAGGAAGAGUGUGUAACAAACAAAUUGAAAUGAACGUGAAGGUGGUGAUGGACUUUGGAACUUGUGAGAGACAAAAGUGCAGAAAGGCUAAAAGGCAGAGGACAGGAGGCAUUCCAUUGGGAGACUGCGAACAAACCACCUCGAAUGUAGCUGCUUCAACUUGGCUUGUGAAGAAUCAUCUUAUGAAACAUCAGGAAAACAGCAUUCAUCGUGGUCAAAAAGAAAACACUGGGGUACUCCUUUCUUCUCCUGUCCUACUACCUAUCCGAUUACCAUCUGGAAGGAACUCAAAACAGUCUACAUCUGCAUCCACAGCACAUAGUACAAUCUUCAUCUUCAACAACCAGUUAUGCAUCUCGCAGACCAAUUAUGUGCUCCCACAGACUUCGUCAUGUAUGUUCGCACAUUUUUUGGGGUUUACAAAUUUUGUAACAAACAAAUUGAAAUGAACGUGAAGGAGGUGAUGGACUUUGGAACUCGUGAGAGACAAAAGUGCAGAAAGGCUAAAAGGUGGAGGACAGGAGGCAUUCCAUUGGGAGACUGUGAACAAACCACCUCGAAUGUAGCUGCUUCAACUUGGCUUGUGAAGAAUCAUCUUAUGAGAAAACAUCAGGAAAACAGCAAUCAUCGUGUGAGUCUUUUCCUAUUCCAUAUUUCCUUAAUUUUAUUCCUUGGGGAUUGCGCAUACAUAAAUAUUAUGAAUUCAUUUAUUUUUAACAA